UCGGGCUGAUGCCUCAGUCUGCGGCCACCAGACGCAGAGGUGGCGGGUGAUAGCGCGACGCUGCCCCUCUUCACCAGUUGCUCCUGCGGCUUCACCGGGGUACGAAACAAAAAGGACGCGUUGUGAUUUAGAAGCGGCGGCUGUGUUUUCAUCCCCCGACAGCGCACAAGUGAACAAAGCUAGCCUGACGCUCAGUCCGGGCUUCUAGCCUUUGUGGUGGGGCUAUCUUAUGCAUCCAGAGCGCCCGUAGCCAGCCUGGGCUGGAGGAGCCUGGGUCCACCUCCUUUCUUCCAGCGGUCAUCAUAUUGUAGAGCCCCCGCAGCCUCGCAGUGAGGAGCAUCCCGAGCCCGGCUCGGUGAGACGGCGCAGCCUGCCUGCGCCCCGCGGCUUGACAUCUUGACCAGCAGGCUGUUGACGAGCAACAGUUCUUUUCUCUGAAGACACACAACCAUGUCGCGCGUCGCCGCCAGCAUGCUGGCGAUGGGAUCGCUUUUCCUGGGAUUUCUGCACAGUUUUGAGGUGGUCGCUCCAGCGAGAGCCAUUGACGCCCCAAAGACCUGCAGCCCCAAGCAGUUUGUGUGCAAAGACCAGGUGACCUGUAUCUCGAAGGGCUGGCGCUGUGAUGGGGAGAAGGACUGUCCUGAUGGCUCCGAUGAGGAGCCGGACGUAUGUCCACACAGUCGUGUGUCACGGUGUCCCCCGAAUGAGUACCAGUGUGGGGGCACAGAGCUGUGCAUCCACAUGAGUAAAUUAUGCAACGGUGUCCCAGACUGCACUGAUGGCUGGGAUGAGGGACCCCACUGCAGAGAGUUUGCCUCCAACUGCACUCUGCUGGCCUGUCAGGACAGCUGUGCGGUGACCGCAGCCGGACCGGCUUGUUACUGCAAGAACGGCUUUGAGAUCAGCAUAGAUGGCAAGACAUGCAAAGAUUUCGAUGAAUGCAGUGUGUAUGGGACCUGUAGUCAGUCCUGUACCAACACUGAGGGAUCCUACAGCUGUUCGUGCGUGGAGGGCUACCUGGCUCAGCCAGAUAACCGCUCCUGCAAGGCUAAGAAUGUACCGGUGGAUCGUCUGCCUGUCCUUCUGAUCGCCAACUCUCAGAACAUCCAAGCCACAUCGCUGAGCGGUACCACAGUCCACAGCCUGCUGUCCACCAGCACCAAGCAGACUACGGCCAUGGACUUUCUCUAUGCUCAGGAGACUGUCUGCUGGAUACAUGUAGGAGACUCGCCUGCCUCCACACAUCUCAAGUGCGCAAAGAUCCCCAACCUGAAGAGCUUCACUGACGAGAGGGUCAUCAAUAUCUCCCUCAGCCUGCACAAUGUGGAGCAGAUGGCCAUCGACUGGCUCACGGGAAACGUUUACUUUGUGGAUGACGUGGACGACAGGAUCUUUGUGUGUGACAAGGACGGCCGGACAUGUGUAACCCUGCUGGACCAGGAGCUGUAUAACCCCAAAGGCAUCGCCCUGGACCCAGCCAUGGGGAAGGUCUUCUUCACGGACUAUGGUCAAAUCCCAAAAGUGGAGCGUUGUGACAUGGAUGGUCAGAACCGCACCAAGCUGGUGGACAGUAAGAUUGUGUUCCCCCAUGGCAUUACCCUGGACCUUGUCAACAGGCUGGUGUACUGGGCUGAUGUUUACUUGGACUACAUUGAGGUGGUGGACUACGAGGGCAAGAACCGGCACACCAUCAUCCAGGGCCUGCUGAUUGAGCACCUCUAUGGGCUGACGGUGUUUGAGAAUUACCUCUAUGCCACCAACUCGGACAACGCCAACAUGCAGCCCAAGACGAGUGUGAUCCGCGUCAACCGCUUCAACAACACUGACUACCAAGUGGUCACGCGGGUGGACAAAGGAGGGGCGCUGCACGUCUACCACCAGAGGCGCCAGCCCCCAGUGCGUAGCCAUGCGUGUGAGCCCGACCAGUUCGGAAAGGCCGGAGGCUGUUCGGACAUUUGUCUGCUGGGGAACAGCCACAAGACCCGAACCUGCCGCUGUCGCUCCGGAUUCAGCCUCGGCAGUGACGGCAAAUCCUGUAAAAAGCCAGAACACGAGCUCUUCCUCAUCUACGGCAAGGGUCGCCCAGGAGUCAUCAGGGGCAUGGACAUGAAUGCCAAGGUGCCAGAUGAGUACAUGAUCCCCAUUGAGAACCUGAUGAACCCCAGGGCCCUGGACUUCCAUGCCGAGAGCGAGUUCAUCUACUUUGCUGACGCCAACAGCUACAUCAUUGGGCGGCAAAAGAUUGAUGGAACAGAGAGGGAUACCAUCCUGAGAGAAGGAAUUCACACAGUGGAGGGCAUGGCUGUGGACUGGAUGGCUGACAACCUAUACUGGGUAGAUGAUGGGCCCAAGAAAACCAUCAGCGUGGCCCGGCUGGAGAAGGCCUCUCAGACACGCAAAACCCUGAUUGAGGGGAAGAUGACUCACCCACGGGCCAUCGUGGUGGACCCCCAAAAUGGGUGGAUGUACUGGACGGACUGGGAGGAGAAUCCUAAGGAGAGCAAACGAGGAAAGAUUGAGCGUGCUUGGAUGGACGGCUCCAACAGAAACAUGUUCCUGACCAGCAAGACCAUGCUGUGGCCCAACGGCCUCAGUCUGGACAUCCCCCAGGGCAUCCUCUACUGGGUGGAUGCCUACUACGACCGCAUCGAGAUGGUCUACCUUAACAGCUCCGAACGCAAGACGGUGUACGAGGGCCAGGAGUUGAACCAUGCUUUUGGUUUGUGCCACUACAAACACUUUCUGUUCUGGAACGACUAUCGCAGCGGCAACAUCUACAAACUGGACACCACCACCAGUAUCGCUACUCUGCUGCGUAGCGAGAGGCCACCGAUAUUCGAGAUCCGCAUGUUUGAUGCGCAGCAGCAGCAAGGCACUAACGCAUGCCGGGUCAACAACGGCGGCUGCAGCAGCCUGUGUCUGGCGAUACCGGGUGGCAGGCAGUGUUCCUGUGCAGAGGACCAAAUUCUAGACCCAGCUGACAACACCAGCUGCAAAGCCAACCCCUCUUACAUACCCCCUCCUCAGUGCCAGCCGGGGGAGUUUGCCUGUAAGAACAACCGCUGUAUCCAGGAGCGCUGGAAGUGUGACGGAGACAACGACUGUUUGGACAACAGCGACGAGGCUUCCGAGCUGUGCCACCAGCACACCUGCCCCACUGACAGAUUUAAAUGCCAGAACAACCGCUGUAUUCCGCUGCGCUGGCUGUGUGAUGGAGAUAAUGACUGCGGGAACGAUGAGGAUGAAUCAAAUACCACCUGUUCAGCUCGCACCUGUCCUCCCAACCAGUAUUCAUGUGCCAGCGGACGCUGCAUCCCUAUCUCCUGGACAUGUGACCUCGACGAUGACUGUGGUGACCGCUCGGAUGAGCCGGCCUCCUGUGCCUAUCCCACCUGUUUUCCUCUCACCCAGUUCACCUGCAACAACGGACGCUGCAUCAACAUUAACUGGCGCUGUGACAAUGACAACGACUGUGGGGACAACAGCGACGAAGCAGGCUGUAGUCAUUCCUGCUCCAGCGCUCAGUUCAAGUGCAACAGCGGCCGCUGCAUCCCUGAUUACUGGACCUGUGAUGGAGAUAACGACUGUGGCGACUACAGUGACGAGACCCAUGCCAACUGCACCAAUCAGGCCACACGCCCCCCCGGAGGCUGCCACACAGAUGAGUUCCAGUGUCGGAUGGAUGGCCUGUGUAUCCCCUUUCGCUGGCGCUGUGACGGGGACACGGACUGUAUGGACCUGAGCGAUGAGAAGAAUUGUGAGGGUGUCACUCACAUGUGUGAUCCAGCGGUCAAGUUUGGCUGUAGAGAUUCUGCUCGCUGUAUCAGCAAAGCCUGGGUGUGUGACGGUGACAGCGACUGUGAGGACAAUUCUGAUGAGGACAACUGUGAGGCACUGGUGUGUAAGCUCUCCCACCACGUGUGUGCCAACGACUCCACCAUCUGCCUGCCUGCCGAGAAACUCUGCGAUGGCACUGGCGACUGCCCAGAUGGCUCCGAUGAGAAACUAUGUGACUUGUGUUCGCUCGAAAAUGGAGAUUGUAGCCAUAACUGCACAGUAGCCCCCGGUGAGGGAGUGAUCUGCUCUUGUCCCCUCGGCAUGGAGCUGGGCUCCGACAACAAGACAUGCCAGAUACAGAGCUUCUGCGCCAAACACCUGAAGUGCAGUCAGCGCUGCGAACAGGACAAAUUUAGCGUGAAAUGCUCCUGCUAUGAGGGCUGGGAAUUGGAGCCUGAUAUGGAGAAUUGCAGGAGCACAGACCCUUUCAAACCCUUCAUCAUCUUCUCAAACCGCCAUGAGAUUCGCCGGAUCGACCUAAACAAGGGCGAGUUCAGUGUGCUGGUACCGGGGCUGAGGAACACCAUUGCCUUGGACUUCCACCUCAGCCAGAGUGCCCUCUAUUGGACCGAUGUGGUAGAGGACAAGAUCUAUCGUGGGAAACUGUCUGAGAAUGGAGCUCUAACCAGUUUUGAUGUGGUGAUCCAGUAUGGGCUGGCCACCCCGGAGGGCCUGGCAGUGGACUGGAUAGCAGGCAACAUCUACUGGGUGGAAAGCAACCUGGAUCAGAUUGAGGUAGCCAAGCUGGACGGCACCAUGAGGACCACUCUGCUGGCCGGGGAGGUGGAGCAUCCUCGAGCUAUUGCCCUGGAUCCCCGGGACGGGAUAUUGUUCUGGACAGACUGGGAUGCUAGCUUGCCAAGGAUUGAGGCGGCCUCGAUGAGUGGCGAGGGCAGAAAAACCAUUCAUAAGGAAACUGGUAACGGCGGCUGGCCAAAUGGACUCACCGUGGAUUACCUGGAGCGCCGCAUCCUUUGGAUUGAUGCCAGGUCUGAUGCCAUUUACUCUGCCAAAUAUGACGGUUCUGGGCUGAUCGAAGUGCUGAGAGGACAUGAAUAUCUGUCACACCCAUUUGCCGUUACCAUGUAUGGAGGAGAGGUUUACUGGACAGACUGGAGGACCAACACACUGGCUAAGGCCAACAAGUGGACCGGCAACAAUGUCACUGUGGUCCAGAGGACCAACACACAACCUUUCGACCUGCAGGUCUACCAUCCCUCCAGACAGCCCCAGGCUCCUAACCCUUGUGCUGCAAAUAAUGGCAUGGGCCCCUGUUCUCACCUGUGUCUCAUCAACUACAAUCAGACUUUCUCCUGCGCGUGUCCUCACCUCAUGAAGCUGGGAUCUGACAGACAUACCUGCUAUGAGUCCCGGCAGUUCCUGCUGUACGUUCGGCAGAUUGAGAUCCGAGGUGUGGACAUCGACAACCCUUACUACAACUACAUCAUCUCCUUCACUGUGCCCGACAUCGACAACGUAACCGUGGUGGACUACGACGCUGUCGAGCACCGCAUCUACUGGUCAGACGUCCGCACCCAGACCAUCAAGAGGGCCUUCAUCAACGGCACUGGAGUCGAGACCGUUGUGUCUGCUGAUCUGCCAAACGCCCAUGGCCUGGCAGUAGACUGGGUGUCCAGGAACCUGUUCUGGACCAGUUAUGAUGCCAAUAAGAAGCAAAUUAAUGUGGCCAGACUGGACGGCUCCUUCAAGAACGCUGUCAUCCAGGGCCUGGACAAACCACACUGUCUGGUGCUGCACCCUAUAUUAGGGAAGCUCUAUUGGACGGACGGUGACAACAUCAGCAUCGCCAACACAGAUGGCAGUAACCGCAGCAUCCUCUUCACCAGUCAGAAAGGCCCUGUUGGUCUGUCCAUUGACUUCGACAGCGAGCAGUUAUACUGGAUCAGCUCUGGGAAUAGCACCAUUAACCGCUGUAAACUAGACGGGUCUGGACUAGAGGUUCUGGAAGGGGUUAAGGGCAAACUGACCAAGGCUACUGCUCUGGCCAUAAUGGGGGACAAGUUGUGGUGGGCAGAUCAAGGCACUGACCAGAUAGGAACAUGCGACAAGAAGGAUGGAGGCAACUGGAAAGUCCUUAGGAACAGUACCUCCCCCAUGAUGCAUAUGAAGAUCUACAAUGAGACUGUGCAGAAAGGCACCAAUCUGUGCAGCAAUAACAACGGAGACUGUUCCCAGCUGUGCCUCCCAACCUCCCCCGCUACUCGAGCGUGCAUGUGCACUGCAGGAUACAGCCUACGCAGUGGCCAGCAGUCCUGCGAGGGUGUCGGCUUGUUCCUGCUGUACUCUGUGCAUGAAGGUAUACGUGGAAUUCCCUUAGACCCGCUGGAUAAGUCUGAUGCCCUGGUGCCAGUGUCGGGCACAUCCCUCGCCGUGGGCAUAGACUUCCAUGCUGACAAUGACACCAUCUACUGGGUGGACAUGGGCUUGAGCACGAUCAGCAGGGCCAAGAGGGACCAGACCUGGAGGGAGGACGUGGUCACCAACGGCAUCGGCAGGGUGGAGGGCAUAGCCGUCGACUGGAUAGCAGGAAACAUCUACUGGACUGAUCAGGGCUUCGAUGUGAUUGAGGUGGCCAGACUCAACGGUUCCUUCCGCUAUGUGGUCAUCUCCCAGGGCCUGGACAAGCCCCGCGCAAUCACUGUUCACCCAGAGAAAGGGUACCUGUUCUGGACAGAGUGGGGUCAGUACCCCCGUAUUGAACGUUCUCGGCUGGACGGGUCUCAGAGGGCCGUGCUGGUUAAUGUCAGUAUCAGCUGGCCGAAUGGCAUUUCCAUUGACUAUCAGGAGGGUCUGCUCUACUGGUGUGACGCCAGGACAGACAAGAUUGAGCGCAUCAACCUGGAGACCGGAGAGAAUCGAGAGGUGGUGCUAGCCAACAACAACAUGGAUAUGUUCUCUGUGUCUGUGUUUGAGAACUACAUCUACUGGAGUGAUAGAACCCAUGCUAAUGGCUCCAUAAAGCGAGGCAGUAAAGACAACGCCACAGACUCCUUGUCUCUGAGGACUGGUAUUGGAGUACAGCUUAAAGACAUUAAGGUGUUCAACAGGGCCAGACAGCAAGGAACAAAUGUAUGCAAAGACAAUAAUGGUGGAUGUCAGCAGCUUUGCCUUUACCGUGGGAAUAGUCAGCGUACAUGUGCCUGUGCCCACGGGAUGCUGGCUGAAGAUGGACGCAGUUGCCGUGACUACGAUGGCUACCUGCUCUACUCGGAGCGAACAAUACUGAAAAGUGUUCACCUGUCAGAUGAAAACAACUUAAAUGCUCCUAUAAAACCGUUUGAGGACCCAGAGCACAUGAAGAACGUCAUCGCACUCACUUUUGACUAUCGAGGUGGAGGAGGAAAGGGAGCCAACCGCGUCUUCUUCAGCGACAUCCACUUCGGCAACAUUCAGCAGAUCAACGAUGAUGGCUCUGACCGGAAGACUGUCGUAGAGAACGUGGGCUCCGUGGAGGGCUUGGCGUACCACCGGGGCUGGGACAUGCUGUACUGGACCAGCUACACAACCUCCACCAUCACCCGCCACACUGUGGACCAGAGCCGUUGGGGUGCCGCUGACAGGCACACUGUGGUUACGAUGUCAGGAGAGGACCACCCGAGAGCCUUUGUUCUGGAUGAGUGUCAGGGUCUGAUGUUCUGGACAAACUGGAACGAGCAGUCUCCCAGUAUCAUGCGUGCCACCCUGACUGGUGCCAAUGUCCUAGUGAUCAUUGGGAGUGACAUCCGGACCCCCAAUGGGCUGGCCAUAGACCACCGUGCUGAGAAGCUUUACUUCUCUGAUGCCACACUAGACAAGAUCGAGCGCUGUGAAUAUGAUGGCAGCAUGCGUUAUGUGGUGCUGAAGAACGAGCCCGUCCAUCCGUUUGGCCUAGCUGUAUAUGGGGACUACAUCUUCUGGACUGACUGGGUCAGACGGGCGGUCCUCAGGGCUGACAAGUACACUGGAGGAGACAUGAAAGUGCUGCGCGCCGACAUCCCUCAGCAACCGAUGGGCAUCGUCGCCGUGGCCAAUGACACGAACAGCUGUGAGUUCUCUCUGUGUCGUGUGAACAACGGAGGCUGUCAGGACCUGUGUUUGCUGACCUCUGGAGGAAGGGUCAACUGCAGUUGUCGUGGCGACAGGAGGCUUUUGGAAGACAACACCUGUGUUGCUCUGAACACUACAUGUAGUAGCAUCGAGGAUUUUGAGUGUGGAAAUGGAGACUGUGUCAACUACACCCUGACUUGUGACGGCAGGGCCCACUGCAAGGACAAGUCUGAUGAGAAGCAGUCCUAUUGUGCCAACCGUGUGUGUAAGAAGGGCUACAGACGGUGUGUGAAUGGACGGUGUGUUGGGCAUAGCUCCUGGUGCAAUGGACAAGAUGACUGUGGAGACAGUUCAGAUGAACUUUUCUGCAACACCACACUGUGCUCAGCAGACCAGUUCCAGUGCCGAGACGGAGGCUGCAUCUCUAACUCCAGCAAGUGUAACCAGCAGGUGGACUGUGAGGAUGCAAGUGAUGAGAUGAGCUGCUCCGCCACGGACUGUUCAAGCUACUUCCUUCUGGGGGUGAAGGGGGUGACGUUUCAGAAGUGUGAGUUCACUACUCUCUGCUACGCCCCCUCUUGGCAGUGUGAUGGAGCCAAUGACUGUGGAGACUUCUCUGAUGAGAGAAAUUGCCCAGAGAGUGGGAAGACAAACUGUCCACCACCAUUCUUUGCCUGUCCAAGCGGCCGCUGUAUCCCCAUGAGCUGGACCUGUGACAAGGAGAAUGACUGUGAGAAUGGAGCAGAUGAAGCCCACUGUGAUAAGUUUUGCUCGCCCUCCCAGUUUGAGUGUGGAAACCACCGCUGCAUCCCCAACCGCUGGGUGUGUGACGGGACUGAUGACUGUGGUGACAGCACCGAUGAAGACAGCAAAUGCAAGACGAAGACAUGCAGUCCUGAGGCUUUUCAGUGUCCAGGAUCUCAUGUGUGUGUACCUCAGCGCUGGAAGUGUGACGGGGACAGUGACUGUCCUGAUGGAGCGGAUGAGAGCGUCAAAGCUGGCUGUGCCUCCAGUAACUUCUUCUCCUCAGUGUUCAACAACACAUGCAGGAGCAAUGAGUUCAUGUGCCAGAACAGACAGUGCAUCCCCAAGCACUUUGUGUGUGACUAUGACAAAGACUGCAGCGACGGGUCAGACGAGUCCAUGGAGUGUGAGUACCCGACAUGUGGUCCCAAUGAGUUCCGCUGUGCCAACGGCCGCUGUCUUAUCCAGAGCUCAUGGGAGUGUGACGGAGACUUCGACUGUCACGACCACUCUGACGAAGCCCCCAAGAACCCCCACUGCAAUGGCCCAGAGAAGAAGUGCAACGACACAGCAUAUGCCUGCAGUAAUGGAAACUGUGUCAGUGACACUUUGCUGUGUAACCGUAAUGAUGACUGCGGAGAUGGCUCUGAUGAGUUGAACUGCUUUGUCAACGAGUGUCUCAACAGCAAACUGAGUGGCUGCUCCCAGCUCUGUGAAGACCUUAAGAUUGGCUUUAAGUGUAGGUGCAACCCCGGCUUCCGUCUGAAGGACGAUGGGAAGACGUGCAUUGACAUAGAUGAAUGCACCACCACCUAUCCCUGUACCCAGCGCUGCAUCAACACACACGGCAGCUUCCACUGUCUGUGUGUGGAAGGUUUCCAGCUCAGCUUUGAAGACCCCACCAUCUGCAAGUCUACUUCUGAUGAAGAACCCUUCCUGAUCUUUGCCAACCGCUACUACCUGAGGAAGCUCAACUUGGAUGGCUCCAACUACACCUUGCUCAAACAGGGUCUGAACAACGCAGUGGCCCUGGACUUUGACUAUCGCCAGCAGAUGAUCUACUGGACUGAUGUGACCACUCAAGGCAGCAUGAUCAGGCGCAUGCACAUCAACGGCAGUGACGUUCAGGUUCUCCACCGCACAUCACUCAGCAACCCCGACGGCCUGGCUGUUGACUGGGUGGGAGGAAACCUGUACUGGUGUGACAAGGGGCGGGACACUAUCGAAGUGUCCAAGCUGAACGGGGCAUAUCGGACGGUCCUGGUCAACACUGGUCUGCGAGAACCACGUGCCGUGGCUGUGGAUGUACGCUACGGGUACCUGUACUGGUCAGAUUGGGGCGACAACCCCCACAUUGGCAGGAUAGGGAUGGACAGCACCAACAGGAGUGUCAUUGUGAAAGAUAAGAUCACCUGGCCCAACGGCCUGACGCUGGACUUCAUUAAUGACCGCAUCUACUGGGCUGAUGCCAGGGAGGACUAUAUUGAAUUUGCCAGCUUAGAUGGAAGUAACAGACACACAGUUCUGAGUCAAGACAUCCCCCACAUAUUUGCCAUGACUCUGUUUGAGGAGUACAUCUACUGGACAGACUGGGAGACCAAGUCCAUCAACAGGGCCCACAAGACCUUGGGCAUCAACAAGACCACGCUGAUCAGCACCCUGCACAGACCCAUGGACAUCCACAUCUACCAUCCUUACCGCCAGCCUGACGUGGCUGACCACCCAUGCCAGACCGACAAUGGAGGCUGCAGUAAUCUAUGUCUGCUCUCACCUGGAGGGGGAUACAAGUGUGCCUGUCCCACCAACUUCUACCUGGCAGCAGAUGGCAAACAGUGCAUGUCCAACUGCACCGCCAGCCAGUUUGUUUGCAAGAAUGACAAGUGUAUUCCAUUUUGGUGGAAAUGCGAUACUGAGGAUGACUGCGGGGACUGGUCGGAUGAGCCGGCAGACUGCCCUGAGUUUAAGUGCCGACCAGGCCAGUUCCAGUGCGGUACGGGCAUUUGUACCAACCCUGCUUACAUCUGCGAUGGAGACAACGACUGCCAGGACAACUCCGAUGAGGCUAAUUGUGAUAUUCACGUGUGCCUGCCCAGUCAAUUUAAAUGCAGCCACCCCAGUCGCUGCAUCCCAGGCAUCUUCCGUUGUAAUGGACAGGACAACUGUGGCGAAGGAGAGGAUGAGAAAGACUGUCCGGAAGUAACGUGCGCUCCCAACCAGUUCCAGUGUGCCAUCACCAAACGCUGUAUCCCGCGGGUGUGGGUGUGCGACAGAGACAAUGACUGUGUCGACGGAUCUGAUGAGCCCGCCAACUGCACCCAGAUGACCUGUGGCGUGGACGAGUUCCGCUGCAAGGACUCCGGCCGCUGCAUCCCAGCUCGCUGGAAGUGCGACGGUGAGGACGACUGUGGAGAUUCUUCAGAUGAACCAAAGGAGGAGUGCGAUGAACGGACGUGCGAGCCCUACCAGUUCCGCUGCAAGAACAACCGCUGUGUGCCUGGCCGCUGGCAGUGUGACUAUGACAACGACUGCGGGGACAAUUCAGAUGAAGACAAGUGCGUGCCCCGUCAGUGCUCGGAGAGUGAGUUUGCCUGUACAAAUGGCCGCUGCAUCGCCGGGCGCUGGAAGUGUGACGGGGAUCAUGACUGUGCAGACGGCUCAGAUGAGAAUGGCUGUGAUGUGCGGUGUGACAGCGACCAGUUCCAGUGUAAGAACGGCCACUGCAUCCCCAUCCGCUGGCGCUGUGACGCUGAUGCUGACUGUAUGGACGGCAGCGACGAGGAGAAGUGUGACAGCGGGGUUGGUAGACACUGCCCCCUGGAUGAGUACCAGUGUAACAACACCCUAUGUAAGCCUCUGGGCUGGAAGUGCGAUGGUGAGGACGACUGUGGGGACAACUCUGAUGAAAACCCAGAAGUAUGCCUAAGGUUCCAGUGCCCGCCAACAAGGCAGUUCCGCUGUUAUAAUGACCGCGUGUGCCUGCCGAUUUCCAAGCGCUGUGACAGCGUCAACGACUGUGGUGACAACAGUGAUGAACUGAACUGCGACGUGCCCCCUCCCGCUUUACAGUGUCAGAAGGAUGAGCUGAGGUGCUCUAAUGGGCGCUGCAUCAGCGCCACACUGCGCUGCAAUUACUUCAACGACUGCGAGGACUACGGCUCUGAUGAAAUCGGCUGCAAUAAGAAAGACACCAUGCUGAACGACUGUCAUAGUAACAAGACCGUGUGCGGAGAUGGGGACGAAGCUCACUGUGUGGUGAAUGGCACUGACUCCUUCUGCUCUUGUAAGCCCGGCUUCCAGGCCAAGGGAAACAACAGAUGUGAAGAUAAAAACGAGUGUAAGCAGUUCGGGGUGUGUUCCCACAUGUGCAACAACACCAAGGGCUCCUUCAAGUGCAGCUGCCACAAAUACUUCACCAGGAUCAAUGACACCUGCAAGGCUGAGAGUUUUAGACAGGUGCUGUACAUUGCAGACGACAACGAGAUUCGCAGCCUGGACCCUAGCAUGCCAAACUGGCGCUAUGAGCAGACCUUCCAGGGCGACGCCAACGUGCGUAUUGAUGCCAUGGACCUGUAUGUCAAGACCAAUCGCAUAUACUGGACCAACUGGCACACGGGGCGCAUCUGCUCUUAUGAGCUGCCCUCCUCCCCUUCAGCCAGUAACAACCACCGUAACCGGCGCCAGAGUGAAUCCCGAGUCACCAACCUGGAGUUCUCUGAUCUGAAGAUGCCCCGCGGAAUCGCCGUGGACUGGGUGGCAGGCAACCUCUACUGGACCGACUCUGGCACAGAUGUCAUCGAGGUGGCCCAGCUAAAUGGAGAACGCCACCGCAAGACUCUCAUCUCUGGCAUGAUUGAUGAGCCGUACGCCAUCGUGGUUGACCCCCAGAGAGGGAAAAUGUACUGGGCAGACUGGGGCAAUCACCCCAAGAUUGAAACAGCGGCCAUGGACGGGACCAUGCGAGAGACCCUGGUAGAAGACAACAUCCAGUGGCCGACUGGGCUGUCAGUGGACUACUUCAAUGAGCGUCUGUACUGGGCCGAUGCCAAACUGUCCAUAAUCGGCAGUGUGAGGCUGAAUGGCAGCGAUGCCGUGGUGGCUGUGAGCAGCAUUAAGAACAAGCUCUAUCACCCUUUUAGUAUCGACGUCUUUGAGGACUACAUCUACGGUGUCACCUACAUCAACAGCUAUGUCUUUCGGGUGAAUAAGUACGGCAGAGGUCCCAUGGAGAACCUGACCACGGGAAUGAACCAUGCCACAGACCUUGUCCUCUACCACCGCUACAAACAGCCCGAGAUGACAAACCCAUGUGACAGGAAGAAGUGUGAGUGGCUGUGUCUGCUCAGCCCCAGUGGACCAGUCUGCACCUGCCCCAACGGACGCACACUGGACAACGGCACCUGUGUGGAGUUGCCUACCCCCACACUGUCUCCUGUCUCACCACCAAGCGGCCCCUGUACCGUCCAGUGUCUGAACGGAGGAAGCUGUUUCCUUAAUGCUCGUAAGCAGCCCAAGUGUCGCUGCCAGCCCAUUUAUGGAGGAGACAGAUGUGAGAUCGACCAGUGCAGAGACUACUGCCAAAAUGGAGGCACAUGCACAGCCUCCCCUACCGGCUCUCCAACUUGCAGGUGCCUGACAGGGUUUACAGGGCCAAACUGUAAUCUGCACACCUGUCAGAACUACUGCCAGAAUGGAGGCAACUGUACAGUCAGCACCGGGAACCAGCCCACCUGCCGCUGCCCCCAAGACUUCCUGGGAGACCAGUGCCAGUACAGUCACUGUGAAGGCUACUGUCUUAAUGGUGGAACGUGUCUGCAGCGUGCCGAUGGUUCCAAACAGUGUCGCUGUCUGCCCCAGUACACGGGCAACAACUGUGAGAUUGACAAGUGUCACUACUGCCGUGAUGGCAAGUGUAUCCCCACCAACAGCCCCACAGGAGAGGUCACCUGCAUGUGCACCAAUGGCAGAACGCUGCCCAGCUGCUACACAUGUGAUACAAAUGAGUACUGCUUCAAUGGCCAGUGCUCCAUAAACCUCCUGACACACUUACCAGAGUGCAGAUGUUCACCUGGCUGGUCAGGGCAUCGUUGUGACGUAGUUUCUACCACUAAAGACUCUUCAGAGCCAGGUGGACGCACAGCUUCCAUAGUGAUCCCAGUGCUACUGCUAAUGCUGCUGGUCCUGUUGGCGGGCGGGGCGUUGUUCUGGUACAGGAGGAGGAUGAGAGGGGCCAAGGGCUUCCAGCACCAAAGGAUGACCAACGGGGCCAUGAAUGUGGAGAUUGGAAACCCCGCCUACAAGAUCUACGAGGGCGAGCCAGACGAUGCCGCCGGAGAGCUGCUGGAUGCAGACUUCACCCUGGACCCAGAGAAGCCCACCAACUUCACAAACCCAGUCUACGCCACGCUGUACAUGGGAGCCCAUAACAGUCGCAACUCGCUGGCCAGCACAGACGAGAAGAAAGAACUGCUGUCUCGAGGGGACGAGGAGCCUCUCGUGGACCCGCUGACAUAAGACUGCUGACCGGCCUGGGUUCACGUGCUAUUCCAAACACCCGUCUUCUUGCCUUUUAACGAAAAAAACUGAGAGAAAAUUGACAAAAAGUGUGAACACUGUAUAAAAUGUACAAAAAUGAAGGACUACUUUUGUAUGUGAUGCAGUAUUAUAUUUUGUUCUUCUGAGAUUCCUCUGGUCAAAAAUGAAUUAACCUUUUCUAUGAGAGAUUUUUAAUUAACACGUGUCCCUUCCCCUUUACCCAGAUAGCCACUACCUCUGUGCAACACGAAAUGGAAACCAGACAAUUAGAGGCAAAGAUGUUGUCAUUGGAGCGAUUUUAUUUUUUUCUUAUUUUUGUAUGAAUUGUAUAGAGAAAAGCAUUGUUCCAUUUCACCAGUGCCCACUGUGUGUUGUAUGUUCACUUUGAGCGGGAAAAGGUACAACUCAAGGUUUUGUAAAUCGGCGCCAACGUUGUCUUGAUGACAGCUUGUCGGCCAGGUUGUGAGACGGAGGCAGGAUCACACCGUUUGUGUAUAGCACAUGUGUAACGUGUAUAAUGUCGGUACCAGAUGGCAACUACGCAAUUUCCAGAUACUUUUCUCAGAGAAUAAUGUUCAUGAAAUGAUUGUGUUUUCCUCCUUGCACACGACUCCUGUUUUACAGUACAGUAGUGCGCGCGCACACACACACACAUAUAUAAUGUGUGUGUGUGCUGCAAGAUGUAAAGCAGGUUGAUAUGUCGUCAUUUUUACCACAUCCUGUGGUGGUUGGAGCAAUGAGAGGCAUUGUUUCCAGUGUGCCGUGGGAGUUGGGAGAAAGAGGAAUGUGGUUUGGGGUAAAAACAUUCCAGGGCAGGUCACGGAUGGGUGGGGGUUAGAUUGAGAAGGUGGAGGCUGGUGGUGUUGGUGUGGGUAGGCGGUGGCUGUAGCGGGCCAGCAGACACGAUGAAAGGGACAGACCGCGGCUCGUCUGAUCGACGGGUGAUGAGAGUUGUGUGUGUGUCGUGUCGUUUUGUGUUGUGUUGUGUUGUGUUGUGUACCCUGAGGUGGGCUGUCACAGGGCUGCGUUUCAAGUGUGUGUCAAAGAACUCUUAAGUUAAGGAAACAGGAGGAGAAAGGGAGUAAGUUGGGUUUUACUUUGCUCACGUUAUUUCUGCCGUAUUUUUAGGGGAGGGGUGGGGGGGGACUGGACAAUGUCCAUCUGGUCUUCUCGGCAGACUGGUACGUCUGUCCUUUCUAGAUUUGGAAGAUCAGGGUCUGUGCUCUUUGCAGUCUUCUAGUGACUUGGUCUCAUGCGGAUUUCUUUACUUUUCGGUGCGCAGCGUUCCUCUGUUCUUCCUGUAGCUGCUCCUUGCCCCCCCCCCGUAGCCCCGCCCCCAUCCGUAGCCCCGCUGCUGCCGCUGCAGUCCCUGACGUGCUCCUCGUGCUCAGCCUUUAUCUCCAAAAUGCUGCUUCUGUCAGAAAGGUGGUCAGCCAUAUUUUACUGCAUGUGAGGAGUAACAACAGUCUUUAAUGUAACUACAGUAACGAGCCCCUCUUCCGCUUUCUUGUCAGCAAGUGUUGCGUUGAUUUUACGCUGUCACGCGUGUGUAACAGAGAAGAGAACAAUCAUGUUACCUACCGAACCUGUUUGCAGAAUCAUACAUGCAUUUUUAAAAUUACGUUGUUUGAUUAGUCCUUGUUUUUUAAUGAAAAAUGACACAUAGCUUUUGUAGUACACGAUGCAUGGAGGCUCAGACUUUCUUCUGGCAAGAGAAUAAUGUUUUAAUUUUUGCUGGAGUACUUUACAAACUAAAUACCAUUGUUAUAAAUAAAGUUUUAAAAACUGUACAUAAAACUACUA